AUGUCUUUUCCACCCAAGAGAUCUUUUGACUUACCUUCGACGCAAUACGCAACGUCGAGUAUUAAAUCAAGCGCUAACCAGCUAGUAGACUUACCAGAUCUACGCGAGUAUGACGAGACACUUGGUGCUUCGAUAGAUCAGCUUGCUUCGACUUUAACGCCGUUUCUUGAGACUCCUCUCAGUGAAAUUGGCGCGAGAUUGGAUCUUAUUGAACGGGCAAAAUUGCACGCGAUGCAUACACAAAUGAUUACUUCGUUAAUAGCCAAUUUAACUUUUAUUUUAUUGAAAUCUGAAAUACAAUUACCCGCCUCUCCUUUAAUACAACAUUUCUUUAUAUUGAUCUUGUCAGUUUAUCUUCGAGUUUGUGGGAUUGACCCAUCAGCACCGCAUCCAAUAAAAGAACAAAUGGAUCGCGUUUUACAAUACGGCACGAAAAUAGAACAUACAGUCAAUCCACCAAAACCAACCUUAAGAAUAGAUAACAAAGCGGCAGCUCGAUUCAUAAUGCGGGGUGUAAAAAAUUCCGAGCGAAAAAAUGAUUCUGAAUCUCCAAAACAUG